AUGCUGUCCCUCUGGACCUUCCUCGUACAGAAGCUGUCGCUGCUCACGCAGCUCGCGCUUUUCGAGUCCAAGUGGCGCGAGCCAGAAGAAGAGCGCGCGCCACAGCAGUACGGUCCUGGCACACUGCGCCGCGGUGACAUGCUGGAGGUGCCCCGCACGAUCUUCACUCACUUCGGCAUUUACCUGGGCGACGGCCGCGUGGCGCACCUCAUCCCCGAUAUCCUGCCUGCUCUCACACGUGACCCAGCGCUGAUAAGCACAGUUAUCACCAACACGCGCCUCAUCAUCGGCUGCACGUUCAGAUACGCCACCGUGCGUGUGGACACGCUCGAGGAUUUUGCGUAUGGCGCAAAAAUCCUGGUGAACCGCAUGGACACCGUGAUGAAGGCCCAGCCUCUGCCCAACGAGGAGGUGGCAAGACGCGCGGAGCGACUGCUCGGGAACACGCCCUACAGCCUGCUGUGGAACAACUGUGAGCACUUUGUGACGAACUGUAGAUAUGGCUCUGCAACCAGCAGGCAGACCGAGAAGUUCUGUGCAGUUCUGAAGUCAGUCAUCAGAGACCAGCGCAGUGCUUUGGUGUCCUGUCUUCUGGGCAUCAGCUCCAUCAUCUCCUUUGGUAUGGCACCUUCAACUACAUUACCCACAAUCCUCAUCCCCUUCACCCUGUGGAUGGCUGGUUGA